CAGCAAUUGCAUUUGAAGUCGUCCCGUCAUGCUACGCAAGUUUGCCCAGCGCCAUGUCCUAGCGGCCACCCAGCGAUACCCCCGCUCGAUCAACACCAUGCGAUUCUUCUCCACGCAACCCGCCACUGUGGAUGAUGAGGACGAAGAAGAAUCCACCUCGUCGAACGGGUUGUUGGAUCUGCAUUUCACCCAAGAAGACGAUGGAGUGAAGCGUCCCUUCCGCUUUGUGGGUAUCCGCGACGUCGAGAUCGAGGACAAGCGUUAUGAAGAUCGCGACCAAACCGUCAAACCCAAGGACGCACCACUCGUGCUGCGCAACAGCUACGGGUACCCGAACUUUGUGUCGCUCUACGUGGACGCGUUGCCCAAAGUCGUUGAGUACAUGAAGCAACACAACAUCCCCCACGACGCACCACGCAAGACCGACCAAGGCGUGGACUUCGUGACGAUCCCGCCGACCGCGGAAAGCGCGCCGCACUUCGACUUGUGCGACAAGCCGGCGUUCGUCGAGCUGUUGCAAGCGUCGGCCGAGCUCAUCAAGGAAUUCGAAGAUAACGAAGCGGAAAAUGCCAAGCAAGAGUUUGAUCCGUAAAGAAAAAAUAUUGCGCGCGAACGUUGUAUAGAUUAAACAAGUGAAAAAAAACGCGCGAAGAAAGUAGAUCCAAA